AUGAGUGAGGUUAACAUUAUCUUCAACGAAGUAACAAAGAUAAUCACCAAACGCAGCGGCCCGAACGCUGGUAUUUGUGGAAUUAUAUAUGACGGAGCGGAAACAAAUGUGGCUACAUGCAAAAGCAGGUGUAUGGAAAUUGCAAAGCUUAUGCUGUACAUAAAGGGAUAUAGUUAUAAGAAUCGUGCAUGGACAAAAAGACGGGUGGAUGACAGAAGGCGCGCGCCGUUUACGGAAUAUUUACGGUGUACACUGGGCACUGAGGUUUUACUACAGCUGUAUGGGAACACUGAAGACCAUAGGGAAAUAAUAGAGAACGUUGAGCAACACAUGCGGAACACGGAUAAAUCAGGGAAACAGCAAUAUGAGCCAGGGGUAUGUGAGGACAGGAACUAUGGGCCGGUUAUAUUCGGAUUACGUGGUAUUGGACCAAGCAUAAAGACUAAGCUGGACGAAUGGAAGAGCGGUUUGGCAGCAGGCCAGGCAGGACGCAACACCGGAACUACACACGGCACAGGGCAGAAGUGUGCUUGGAGGGAGCAGGAAGCAGACCAGAAAAAUGAAGAAGCAUGUAGCGCACAGGCGGGGGUGAUAACCAAGGACUCUGAGUUCAUGAAGAGAAUAAAUCACUGGACAGACGGUGGUCUCUAUCCGCGGGUGACAAAGUUGUUAAAGGACAUACACAACAAUGGGGGAUCCAAGGAGAAAUGUGAAAUAGAGAAGAAGAUAAAGGAGGGAGUACAGAAAGUGAAGGACACAGUCAAUCCACCAGCCAAAAUUCCGAAAGUGACAAAGCCGGGUCCUAAUGCACCAGGCACAGCGAAAGUAGCAACACCGACAUCCCAUGGAGCGGGAUCUGCCCCCAAACACGACCCGGCCAAACCCGCCCCGGCCAAGCCGAACAACGGCGGCACCGCUGCCAAACCAGUAGCGGCGAAACCGGCAGGACCGGUGGCAACGAACGCUGGGAAAACGAAGACAACGGGAGCUACUGAUGGUGUUAAAGCAAAGGAGACCCAAGCAGACGAUUGUCAGGGCGACAAAGUGUGGGAGUGGAGAGAGAGGGAAAUAUACGUGGCACAUCAGUAUACUGCUGAUCAAUGGGAACCGGUUAAGAACGUGUUGAACGACUUUAUUAAAUAUGUGCAAGAGAAUAAUGAGCUCUUUGACGCGCAAGGCGCCAACUGUGAUAAUAAAGGUUGGAAUGAUAUGGAUCAGUAUUCCAGGAUGGGUCAGAGAGUGGCGGAUGUGAUGCGAUGCAGGAUAAUGUCAGGCGCAUUGUGGUUUGCGAACGGUGCGGGGAACAAUAAGGAAGAAUGGGAGAAAAAGAGUGAAGGCGAAAAGAAAGAGAUAGAAAGACUAAGAUGUGAAGUGGCUCAUGUAUUUGGGCACUUACUGAAAACACGGUAUUGUCAAGGUACGCAACCGUGGUAUAGAGGUGUAGAGUAUGCAUAUAAAGCAAUGCAACGAAUGGGUGACACCAAACCAGGACACACGGCAGGGAUCCCGGGUCCCGUUGUGGAGGGCAGAUGCACCAUGUGUGGAUACGAGGGCCAUAAGCACAAUGUGCAAGCAGUAAAUUUGGAAAUAGCCCAGUGGUUAAUGUAUGAUGGAGGAAUAAUAGAAGAAAUAAAAAAACUAGAAGGGACAAUGCCCUGUGCGCAGUAUUGGGACCAGUAUAUUCAUAAGGCUGCAACGAAAGGGGAUCCUAUGGAGACAAUUUUGACCACAGAGGGCAUGAACGAAAAGAAGAGACUGGACAAGGAGAUAGUAGAAAAAGCAAAGCAGGCGUUUGAAAAGGCGAAGACAAAGGUACAAGAUAAAAUUACAGAACUGGAAGCAUCAGACAACACCAAGGGCAAGGAUGUGAAGACUGCUGAUAAGAAGGCAGACAAGGACACGGACAAGCAGAAGCAGCACGAAUCCUCCUCGACACUUCCAACGCAGCACGCGAACUCGCAGGAGGGCAAAAACACAGUGUCAUCAUCAACAGAUUCAUCACACCUCGGCCGGACAGAUGCCACGGCGGGAGGCGAGCAGGGAGUAGGGACACCGGGGUCAUCACCAACAGGAUCGGGGCCGCAACCACAAGCACCGGCGUCCCCAGUAUUACCAGCACGACCACCACUAACACCACCACCACGUAGACCAUCGACACCAAGACAAGGUUCAGACCCAGGACGACAGGCAGCAGGCACAGCUGGGGCGUCGACAGACACGAAGGCUAAGGAUUCGGAUGCAAAGUCCCCAGGUCAGCCGACAUGUCCUGGUAGUAACGGCACAUCUCAAGGUGUCUCCAUUAGGUGCGGCAGUACCUCAGAUAGUGAUCUGGGGCUGACACCAGCAGCCACAACACUCCUGGAGGAGGCAGACAAGAACAAGGAAGGUUCCUCAGGACCAGGUUCCGCUGGUACUGGAACCACAGGACAAGCUCAACCUGGAGGUAGUCAGGAAGGACCAAGAGCUGCACCAAAGGAAGAUACUGGAAGUGGUUUAACAAAAACAGAAGACAAGAAAGAACUAAUGAAUGACCAAGGCACCUUCUGGCCCGGCCUCACGUGGGAAGAUGUCAAGUCGUACACCCCCGCGAUCAUUCCCGCGGUGGUUGGUAUUGGGGUCAUUGCGUUCUUCCUAUGGAAA